CGUUUUGUGUAUUCGGGUGGUAAAGCUUAUUUACUUGUUCCAAAAUGAGUCUUGUGAUUUCUGCAUCAUUGCCACAAAAUGGUUCAAUCGGCAGAGAUGUAUUCAAGUGUGAUAUUUGUGCAUAUGCCUUUCGUACAUCAGACGAUUCAGAAGACCGAAAAAUACAUAUUCUGCAGCACUUCCAACAGAUGUUUUGUACGGUGUGUCAACAAACGUUGAUUCGAAUCGGUGACACUUGGUACAGCGAACAUUCAGGCCAUAAUUUAGCAAAAACUGAACCAAAUAUAGACGAUUACAAUGAACGCAAUGCAGAGCCAAUGAUAAUUUCACAUGAUUUUAACGCAAUUAGUUCAAAUGAUGGUUCAACUAAAUGUCGAAAUCAAGAAGCGGGAAAUGUAUCUGAUCCAAUAUUUUGUGCAGCUGAUUGCGAUAACAAUUCAAUAAAUCCCGUUGAUGUUUUUAAAGAAGAAGAAGAAGAAGAAGUUACAUUUUCCGAUUUCAUUGAACUUAAACCAGAGGAAAUUACUCACAAUGAGAGCACACAUCAAGACGAUUCAAACGAGAUUGUUGACAAUCAAGUUGAAGAGGAUAAUGAAGCGAGCGUUGACAAUCCGAUUGAAAAGGACGUUGAUGAUACUCGUAAUAAGCCAUUUGGGUGUGCAUCAUGUGACAAAUCAUAUGCUACCAGACGCACCCUAAUCAAUCACAUCAACAAAUACAAUCAUAGAAUGCCGGAAAUGUUUUAUACCGCGAAAUCAUGCAAAAGAUACACAAAAAGUAGUGCUACUGAAAUUCGAAAUUGGAAAUGCAAGUAUUGCAAUGUGGAUUUUGAAUUUGAAAUCAGUUUGGCCGAGCAUAUUAUCGCUCAGCAUAGAAAAAAUAGUAAGGUUCCUUCAGUAUUGCGAAACAAUUCAACGGCAAGUCGUGGUGAGAACACUUUGGAAAAGAAUCAAAGUAGUAGAAGUUCAAUAAAUCCGGAAGAUUUAUUUAGUGACGAUAGUGACGCCAAUUCAAAUCACGAAGACGAAGAUAAAAUCGAGACUGAACAGAAAGCAAAAACUGGAGAAAAAAGGUUGAUAUGUGACGUAUGCAAUAAAGAGCUAUUUUGUCGGACUGGGUUUAAAUAUCACAUGAAUCUACAUCUUGGGAUAAAACCUUACGCUUGCGAUCAGUGUGAUAAAGCCUUUACAGAUAAACGUCAUUUAAAUAAGCACAAAAAAUCCCAUUUACCCAUCACACACGAGCUAAAUGAUUACCUUGAGGUGGAUGGCGUUAAAACCAUCUUAACGGAGCAUCAACUCAAGCUUCUCGUUUGUCCUAUUUGCAAUAAAAGAUUCUAUACUAUAUCCGGUCUUAAGUGCCACGUCAAAGUCCAUGAAACGCCAAAAUUCAAGUGCAAAAUAUGCGAUAAAGUAUUCAGCGAUGUGAGCAAUUACAAACGGCAUCGAAGCAUAUCGCACAAGAACGUUGGCCCGGACGAAAAUAUGGUACAAGAGGAGGUUAGUAUAAGAAGUUAUGGUGAUGUUGUUUUAAAUUCAACAAUUGCCAUCGAUUGGAUAUGCGAAUAUUGUAACGGAGAUUUUGAAUUUGAGAUUCGAUUGGCAAAGCACAUAAUCAAGGAACACAGCGACGAGAAAACGGAGCAUUUAUGCAAUAUUUGUGAUUGUAAAUUUAGUCAAUUAAACAAUUUACUUAUGCAUAUGAGGGCACAUCCAGAGAGUGUUCAACACAAAUGUACAUUUGAUGGAUGCGAACAAGGUUUCGCAUACAAAUCAAGUCUAAUGCUUCACAUUGAUAAGCAUAAUCGACUUAACGGUGGCGCCAUUCAAAGGAAAACACAACAACAACUGACCGACAUAACAAAGCACCAUGCCACAUUCAAAUCAACGACCGAAGAUACAAGUUUAUACACAUGCAAUAUUUGUUCGAAAGAAUGUGCGAAUCGUACAGGCUUAUUGGCUCACAUUCAAGGAGUUCAUAGCACAAUACGAGUGAAAUGUCCAGUAUCUAAUUGCGACAGAAUUUUUAAAUCGGACGUCGGUCUUACUUGGCACGUAAAAAAAGCACAUCCGGAUGCAAUGAAGAUGUGUGACAUUUGCAAUAGAAGUUUUUGUUCUGAGGAGAAAUUGGCGAAGCAUCAAUUAUGCCAUAACCGAACGAAGAAAGCAUCAUUCAUUUGUAAUGUGUGUGAGAAAGCAUUUGCCACAAAGAGUGAUUUGCGAUGCCAUUUGAGUACACACGAGAAACAGGCUGAAUGUAAUAUUUGUGGGGAGAAAUUUUCUUCGGUCACUAUAAUGCUGCAGCAUCGUGAACGACAUGGUAAGAAAAAAGUCAUCACAUGCCGAUUCAAGGGAUGCAAUCAAGUAUUUGAAAAUCGAAGAGAGUUUAUUCAACACACGAACCAACAUCCAAGCGACGAAAAGAAAAAAUUUAUUUGCAGCUACUGCGGCAAGGCAAUGGCAAGCAUGUCGUAUUUAAGGGAUCACAUUAACAUUCACACAGGCAAAAAACCAUUUGAGUGUAAAGAAUGCAAAAAAUGCUUUGCCAAAACGAAUUCGUUGCGCCGUCACCUACUCAUUCACACAGGCGAAAAGCCUUAUAUAUGUGAUAUUGGACAUUGUAAUCAGGCGUACCGGGACAGUAUUGAUUUGAAACGACAUAAAUUUAGCGCUCAUAAAAUCUAUACGAAAAAGCAUAUUUGUCCAAUUUGCAACAAAGUGUUCUCGGAGCGAAAACUGUUGACCAAACACACUUCCACUGUACAUUCCAGCACGUCGUUACAGGGUUAACAAGGCUUACAUGUUUUACAAUAAAUAAAAAUAAAAAAUAUACAUGAAACAUAAAAAUGAAAUAAAUGUUUGAAAUCCAUGAAUAUUCCG